AUAAAUGAAACAAUUUUAAUUGACGGUGCUAUUGUAUGAUUGAUAUCCCACCUAAUUCAAUGAUUGUGUGCUAAAAUAACUAAAUAAUCAACCUAGCUAAUCCUAUUUGAAUUGAUGCCGACAAAUUUCACUUGCUUUCGUUGUAACAAAAACAAUAAACACCUCAGACCAAAAUUAAAAAUAGAAUAAAAUAAUACCCCAUUAAAAAAAAAAAAAAUAACUUUUUUGGAUGGAAAUAAGUUCUUUUAAAUCUUACAACGAGAAGGUUAUAGAAAGGACAGAGAAAGUGAAUUGGUUGAAGAAGCAAGAGCGGAGCAGAGAACAGACUAGUACUCGUAGUAGAAAAUAAUGGGAGAAGUUAAUUUGAUUGCAAAUCUUCCCAUCAUCGAUUUAUCGGCAACUGAUCGAUUUUCUACCGCUGCAACACUUCGUCAGGCAUGCAUUGAAGUCGGUUUCUUCUACAUUGUAAAUCAUGGAGUGGACAAAGCUCUAUUCGAAAGAUUGUUUGAUGAGAGUAAGAAAUUCUUUUCACUUCCCGAGGAAGAGAAAAUGAAACUUGAUAGGAAGAAGGAACUCAGUGGAUAUACUGCAUUAUAUUCUGAGAAGUUGGAUACUUCUUUAAACACUAAAGGUGACCCGAAGGAGUCUUUCUACAUUGGCCCGCUUCAUGAUGAAAUCUGCAAUUUGAACCAGUGGCCUUCUGAAGAGCUUCUUCCAAAUUGGAGACCAACUAUGGAAGCAUACCAUAGACAAAUUCUGAGUGCAGGAAAUAGUUUACUAUCACUUCUUGCGCUGGCGUUGAACCUUGAUGAGAAGUUUUUUGAGAAUGUAGGAGCUCUGGAUCCACCAAUGCCUUUUCUUCGCCUCUUACAUUAUCCAGAAGGUGACCCCAGUUGCCACAAUGAUGAAGUUUUAGGGGCUUCUGCUCACUCUGAUUAUGGAAUGAUCACUCUGUUGGCCACUGAUGGUGUUCCAGGAUUACAGGUCUGUCGGGAAAGGGAUCGUCAGCCACAGAUUUGGGAGAAUGUUCCUCAUGUUGAGGGGGCAAUAAUUGUCAACAUUGGUGACAUUACGGAGAGGUGGACAAAUGGUUUGUUUAGAUCAACAUUGCACAGAGUGGUGCCAAAGGGACGAGAACGAUAUUCUGCAGCUUUGUUCCUUGAUCCUCCACACGAUUUUUCAGUGGAGUGCUUAGAAACUUGCUGCAGUGAGUCAAAUCCUCCCAGAUUUCCCCCGAUCCGCUUCGUUGACUACCUCCAAGAACGUUACAGGGCCAUAUCACUUACAUAUGGAGCUUAGUAGUAUACUAGUAUGUCUUGCCACUUUUACUGGAUUUUCGUGGAUCAAUAGGUGUAAUUCGGAACUUGGGAUGGAAUUCAUUCAUUUAUAAAUGUGUUCAUAAUUUAUUGUACGUCUAUCUGAUUAUGUGUCUCGUAAAAUUUGCUACGAGUAGAUAAUUUGCCUCUCGUAGCUUUUAGCUGCCAGUUGUACCCCUUAGUGUAUAAUUAGAGGUGUCAAUUUGGAUGUUCGGAUCGGAUUUGGUGAAAUCGGGUCGGAUCGGUUUGGGUCAAUUUUUAAAGUUGAGUCAUGUCAAAUUAUUGUGUUCACGCGAGUCGAAAUUUAAAUCAGAUAUUUUCGAGUCGGCUUCGGAUCUAGUCGGAUUUUGACACCUCUAUGUAUAAUGUAU